CAAAGCCAGUCCCCGUUGAUCAGCAUGCUCCUAGCAUGUCUAUGGCUGAAUGGUAUAAAAAGAGGCCUUUUCACAGGCUCAACGAAAUUCCCUUCUGCUUCUCUUUCACUCACCCCUCUAGAUAUCGUUACACUACAUCACAUUUGCCUCUUGUCUAAGCAUUACAAGCUUCAGUGCUCCUAGCAAUCACUCAAAACAUCAAAACAUUUGAGCUUCGUGCCAUCACACCACUCAAUACCCUUUGACACCUAUCCUGAAUACAACGGAUAUUCAAAAUGGCUUCUACCCACUCUUUCUACCACUACCCCCAGUCCUCUUACCCGAUCAGCAUGCCACAGAAGCCAGGCUUCUACUAUCCGCAGCAACAACAUGGUUACGGACGUGUGGCAGGAUCACCACCUGAGGCCAACGAUAGUGUCACAACAUCUGGAGUUCCAUCGUACGAGCCAUCGGCAACUUCCAGCAACUACGCCGGAUCUGCCAGUGAUUACGAGUCAACUAGCGGCGCCGCCAGCGUGGAUCUCCUCGAUUACAUGGGCAGCCGUGUGAACGGUUCAUUCAAUCCGAUGCCGCUAGAUCGCAGCUUGGCGAGACAGGCACAAACAUCUGGUGAACUUAACGCUAAGCACCGAGAACUCCUUGAAUUACAGCAACUUGCUCAGCGCCGAUUGGCUGGUGCUCGCAUGAACUUUGCCGAUGGCAUGAAAGCUGCGAAAGAAGUGCAGAGAGAUUUGCAAUGGACGCAGAAGCGAGUAGACUCACUCAACGAGCGAGCGGCACGCAAAUACCCAGAUCAAUUCCGCACUGCCCAAGGCAAAUACCCGUCACCAGUGGACUACUAGUACCACGGAUUCUUACAAAACUGCCUUACGGCCUCUGUGGAUGAUUCAAACAUACAACUUUCGGUUUCUUCAAAAAUCCGGGCGGCACACGGUUAUUUUACAACUUUCUGGGCUCUACAGGUUUUUCUGUUUCUGUUAUAUAUCACGACGUUACCACAAACAAUGUGGUAUGCGUCAAGUUACGAACUGUCGUUCACGGUUUCCUGCUCCACUCCGCUCCACUCUCGGCC